AUGGACUCAAUCCAAGCUCAGACAGUGAACAUCACUCCUCUUUGCUAUGAAUUUAUAAAUGGAUCUUGUCCGAAGUUUGUCUAUCCACUGGUUUUGAAGGUGCCACUUUACUUGUUCUUCAGUUCAGUGGUGAUUUUAACAGUUUUUGGAAACUUAUUUGUUAUCAUAACCAUUUUUCAUUUCAAGCAGCUUCACUUGUCAACUAAUUACCUUGUUCUGUCUCUGGCUGUAACUGAUCUGCUGCUGGGUGCAUUUUAUAUGCCUCCAUGUAUGGUACAAUCUGUGGAAACUUGCUGGUAUUUGGGUAAUUUAUUCUGUAAAAUUUAUAACAGUAGUAGUAUCAUGUUGUGCACUGCUUCAAUUAUAAACUUGUCUUUAAUAUCCAUUGACCGAUACUAUGCUGUGUGUCAUCCCCUGCUGUAUCACAGUAAAAUCACCCCCUUUUCCACAGCAGUCAUGAUCUCCAUCUGCUGGAGUGUCUCUAUUAUAGCCGGAUUUGGAAUAAUAUUCCUGGAGCUGAAUAUUCUAGGUAUUGAAGAGUUUUACUAUGAAAAUGUUGCAUGUGAAGGAGGUUGUGUGUUGUUUGAAAGUCCAGCUGCAACUAUUGCUUCAGCAGUUCUUUCUUUUUAUUUGCCAGGUGUUGUGAUGCUCAAUAUAUAUGUAAAGAUAUUCCGCAUUGCGCAAAAUCAAGUAAAAUCUAUUCAGCACUUAAAAUGUAAAAACAAUAUAAAAUCGAUGUUAAACAAAGAAGAGAGAAAAGCCACCAAAACUCUGGCUGUGAUUUUGGGAGUAUUUCUUUCCCUUUGGACACCAUUUUUUGUCUGUUAUAUAAUCAAACCUUUCACUGCUUACUCAUUUCCACCAGUUUUGAUUGAUAUGUUUGCAUGGAUUGGACUUAUGAAUUCUACUUGCAACCCAAUUGUGUAUGCUUUCUUCUACAAGUGGUUUAGAAAAGCCUUUAGGAUUAUUUUAUCAGGGCAAAUAUUUCAGACAGGAUCUUCAAGAAUGAAUCUGUUAUCACACUGAAAACAUAAAAAUGUUUUACCUUUUAGACUUUAUCAUAAGAUGGUAUGCAUUUUACAUAAAAUAAUUGUCAAUUACAAAAUUAAAACCUGAAUGGGCGUCAACAACCAACAUACAAAAGUUCUGAUAAUAAAAUAAUUUGACACAUUUGUGAUACGUUGUUCAACUGCAUAAUUGUUUGCAGCUAUGCUCUUAUAAUGUUGGAUCCCUUUAUCAAUUAGGACAAUAGAUUAAACAAAGUAAACUGUGUGUUUUCAAAAAGAAAAUGGGUUUUAAUAAGAAAUUCUUCCUUAGAAUUAAUGCCGAAUAAGGCCUGAUGUCUUGUAAAAGUCUUUUUCACUUAAGAUUUAAAUUCUCAAACAUUUAUAUUUACAAAAGAAAAUAUCUAAUUAAAAUGAUUUGAUAGUAUAUUUAUUUAAAUUGUAAUGCCUUUUUGUUAUUUUACCACAGGAAAAAGCAUCUGCCGAAUGAAAUGCAAUGUAAUGUAAUGGUAAUUACAAAUGACUGUUUUUUUUAAGCUGUCAGGAAAAAUUACCUAGGUUUCAAAAUCCAUAAUUAUGAAUGAGAAAUCUAACUUGUACCCUUUAAAGGGUUUGUCCUGUCCUAAAUGACUGACUAUUUUUUAUCCAAACUGUAUUUUUCUAUUUUCAUUUUAGCCAAAAUAUAUUUUGACCUGGGAGUAAAAAUGCCAAAUUAUGUUUAAUUAUACACUCCUUGAAAUACAAGUGUCAAACUGCCAGAAUAUUUUUGAGAGAUCAGACCAUGCAGUCAGAAACAUAAAUAUGGUAUGUUAGGGAAAUGUUUGAAUGCAAUGGCAGUAUUAAACUAAGCAAUGUACUAUUAUUCUUUAUCGGAAAACUGGAAAAAGUACAGGGUUUAAUGCUGAGCGAUUAUCAUUCACAUCCUUACAUGUUACUAAAGCACUGUGGUAAAUAAAGAUUUACAGCUUUGUAUGUAAGUUAUGUAUGCCAAACACACAAGUAAAAACGUUUUGAGUCUUAAUACAAUGGCUACUUUGGGAGAAUAUCACACAUGUAGCUCCUCAUCCAGCUUAUAAAUAUAGCUGAAUGCUAUAGCUGGUCAUGGGGAGUAGGCCUUGUGUGUCAUGGGGAGGACAAACACUGUAGAUAUAACACUAUCUGUGGUUAUAAAACUACUAUUUCAGAGUUAAAAGUUG